AUGAAAUUGAUUAUUGGGGAAAAACAAGUUUAUGUUGCAUUGUGCUGCUAUGGACUCUUUAAAGAUAUAUCUUGUACUUUUCAUUGGUAUACCAUUUUUUCUUGCUCUUGCCACAGCAAUCAUUGUUGGAAUUAUUGGAAUUAGUGGUUGCCGUGGUCUUACUCCUGAUAAAUUGGUGAGGAUCAUGUUUCCAUAUAUCAAAAGUAAAGGGUUCUUUUGGGGAGUGAUUUGGAUAAUUUAUCAAGUAGUAACAACAUUUUUAACCAAGAUCUUCGUAAUUUAUGUCGGCAAUAAUAAUUUAGAUUCAUCUACCAGUCAUGAGUUCAAGUGUUUUUAUGAUAAUGGCUCAAUAACUAACUUACCUGCUAUAGAAAGGGAGGAACUAGAAGAAGAUAUCAUUUGUUUUGCUUUUAAUUAUAACAUAGUAGGAGCAAUGGAUCAAGCAACAAGUUCACUAGCACUGGGAUGGGUCAUUGCAUCUAUAUCUACAUGGAUUAUAUUGAAUCUGAACUACGCCAUCAUACAGUGCAUAGAGUGUAUUGGGGACAAAAAAAAGAGGCUUCUUCAUUGCUAUAAAAUAAUUUCAAUCACUUUUAUGGUGAUCAUCCUACCAAUAAAUUUUACCAUACGAAAGGCCCUACCAAUAGUAGGGGCCUUUUAUUAUACACAAUGGCUCCGUCAACCAGAAAAUACUACAAUAUUUGUAGCCAUUGAGGCUAUUACACAUCUAAUUCCCAUAAACAUCAAAAAAGAGCCAAAUAGUUUAAAGGAGUAUUGUAACGAAACAAUGAAGGCACAAAUAGAAAAAUGGAAAACAAUAGAAAUCAAAAAAAGGGUUGCUAUAUAUAUGGCAAUCAAAAAAAGGGUUGCUAUAGAUAUGGCAAAGCGUGAACACCAAAGAUUAUUACUUGACAUAGAACAGUCUGAUAACGAGGCACAGUCUCAUAACGAGGCACAGUCUCAUAACAAGAGGCCUUGUUAUGAGACUGUGCCUCGUUAUGAGACUGUGCCUCGUUAUCAGACUGUUCUAUGUCAA